AGUGUUAAGAGUAAGUGUUAGUCCAGCAGAUACAAAUUAACUAUAAGCACAUUCGAUAAACAGGUUAAAUAUUCUAUAUAAGCUGGGUUGACUGCCAGGGAUUUACUUAUGAAUUAUCCACGCAUUUUGAAUAUUAUUAAUAAACCACAAUAAUAACGAUCAAAAGUAAUACAAGCUUCCACGUUCUCUUCUGUCACAACAGGACAAAUUUUGCCAUUGAAAGUGACUUUCAAACUUCCCCCUUAAAAUUUAUAUUUUUUCAAUCAGAAGGCUCUCUCGAAGUAUGUCCGCUUCGGUUUGCUGUAGAUGCAACGAGAAGAUUUGGCCUCGAGCAGUUUGCAGUUCGGGCAAGACGUACCAUCCACACCACUUCACCUGCAAGGACUGCGGCCUGGUGGUGGAUCCUACACUGUUCUUCGCGGUGGAGGACGACGUGGUCUGCAGUGAGUGCUACCUGGACAAGCAUGCCGCCCGGUGCUCCGCGUGCCGGAUUCCGAUCCUUGAGCGUGGCGUGAUUGCUGCGGAGCGCAAGUGGCACGAAAAGUGUUUCCGUUGCGUGAGCUGCAGCAAGCCGCUAGUCUCGGCGAGCUUCUUUGAAGUAAACGGAUACCUGUUCUGCAAGUCGCACUUCCGGGAACUGUUUUCGUCCCGCUGUUCAGGCUGUGAGAAGCCCAUCGAUCGCCGAGCCGUGGUUGCGCUGAGCACCAAGUGGCAUGCCAAGUGCUUCAAGUGCCAUCUCUGCCGCAAAAGGAUCAGCGACCGGGAAUUCUGGAUUAAGAACGGACAACCCAUUUGCGUAGCCUGCCGAUAGAGACCUAUAGUCUCACAUUCGCGUAAAUUGUCAGCCUUAUAAAUGUGUAGUGCCUAUCUGUUGGCCCAUUGGGUCAUUU